ACUCGGACACCAGUGAGUGAGUGGCCACAACGCAGACGGGACGGCGGUAGAAGCGCUGAUUACUGAAUUAACCAUCUGAGCGCGAAUAGCUCCUCUUCGGUUCGAAUUUUCAUUGUAUCAGGAAUUCAUUUUGGCGGACAGAAAACAACAACUUUAUUCAUCAGACUUGGAGUGACAUAAGGAGUCUUUCCUUCAGACAGGAUGUCGGCACUCUCCGUGAAUGACCACCUCGAAGGGAUUUUAUCAGAUUUUGAAGCCUUGAAGAGAUCCUUUGACAUUGAAGAUGUGGAUGACAUACCAUCCUUCUCCUCAGCAUCCACUGCCUCCUCUCCCGUCUCUCCUUCGCCAUCCCAUUUCUUCCACAGCCACAACAAAGCCAGUGAGGAUAGCGGAGGAGGACAAUCUCCUUCUCCAUCUUUCACCAAUAUGAACAACCUGGGCUCUGCAGGGUAUCACACCCAUACCACCCGGAGUUCCAAUCCCAGUCCAGUCCUCAGAUCACGCACAGUAGUCAGCAGUCUGUCCUUCAAUCGAGCAACCAUAAACAAACCAGCCAUUUACAACAACUCCUCUGUGAAUCGAGCAGCAUCCUUUCAAAGCAGAGUGAACCCCAACAAGGGGAUCCCCGUGUUGCGGGGACCAGGAAGUGACAAUGACAGCCUUCAUAGCUCCACUUCCAGCCUUGAAUACUCUGGAGUUGCUAGCGGUUUCAUUCAUCCUAACAAGCUGACGUCAUAUCCGAGUCCUUUGCCCCAGAAUGAGUACCACCAAGUCCAGUCCCAGCUCUCACAAGAGCAGCUACAAGCAAGUGGUACAUUGGGAAGCAACCACAAUUUGAAGAAGUUCUCCUCUGAUGGGACUGUUUUCCACUCAGCAUUGGACCAAAGAAUAGGAUUGGCAUUGGUGGCACCAGAUCCUCACGGGAUUAAUCAUGGAUCCAUGCCUAGCCUAGAUAUUCAAAUCUGUGAUGGACGAGAGGUCACGCAAGGUGUCCAAAGAGGUGGAGACCAGGUCUGUCCUGGCUUGAGAUAUACAAAUGCCACCCGGAGUGGUCGGCGCCAGAAUGCCAAUGCCCUUGAAGUUGAGGGUAGCUGUGGCCCCAACAAUCAUCAUUAUUCAGGCCCCCCGAUGACCCAGCCCAAGGCUAAAGAGACUCCGCAUCUCAGUAAGUUUCCCUUGGACCUGGAUAGCUUGGUGAGCACCACCUCCAUUCCGUCCCCUGCUAAAGUUCACAGACGACCCAUCAACUCCAACCCUCCAAAGCCUCCUCCAAGGGGCACAGGGAGUCCUCAGUGUCACAACAACUCCUUAACCACUGCAUCUAGCCCAUCAGCUUCCCUCAGCAGCCUUGGCAGUUCUACCAAUACCCCACCCCUCUCCCUACACCAUCCCCUUUUGCCCUUCUCAAGUCAUUCAACCACAGGAUCUAUUCCUGUUCCAGAAGUGAGCUGCUCACCAGUGCCGCUAUCUCCAGCCCACACUCCACAGUUGAGAACCCUUUCCAGGCCUCAAGCUCUUCAAGUGAACCCUGGCCCUCCCAACUCCUCUCAUCCUUCCAGCCCUAGAGCGACUGGCUCCUUGGAACGUUGCCCCAGUGAUGUCGGCGAUAGUGUAGGAUGUAUUUUACAGAGGAUUGCCUCCUUCUCCCGGCCUGUCAUCGCUGAUACAACUCAAGCAACUGUCAUCCAACCUCCUGCAGUUCCAAGCAAUGGAUGUCAGUCUUCUGAAAUUGGCUGUCCUGCAGAGGCCACACUUUUGCCAACAAGGGGACAUGGCAAAAAGAAAAACAAAGCAAGUGCUGGAGAUCUGAACGUAGAAGUACCUUCCCUGAUGGAGGAGAGAGAGGAGGAGGAGAAUGGCAUCAUGGGUGAAGAGCAAGUCCUAGAGGAGAAGAGUGAAGCAAUACUAGCAAGCACGGUUACAGAGAAUUCUGACAAAGAAACUCAAGCAAAUGGUGUGGAAGUCCAUGCAGAGGUGGAGGAGAAAGAAAAGGAGAAAGGAAUGGAGGAGGGAGAGAUGAAGAAAGAGGUGGAGUCAGAGGUGAAGGUGGAAAUGUGCCAAUCUGUCCCAGACUUGCAGAUGAGUUUCAUCCGUGGCAGUGACCUGUUUGGCUAUGUGGGCAUUGAGGCAGUGUUGGACCAGAUGAGACACAAGACCAUGAAAGCUGGCUUUGAGUUCAACAUCAUGGUGGUUGGUCAGAGUGGUUUGGGGAAAUCAACAAUGGUCAACACCCUCUUCAAGUCUAAAGUCAGCAGGAAGUCCUGCACGCCAAACUAUGAGGAGAAAAUCUCCCAAACGGUCAAGCUGCAGUCAGUGAGCCACAUGAUUGAAGAGAAGGGAGUGAAGAUGAAGCUGACAGUGAUUGACACUCCAGGUUUUGGAGACCAGAUCAACAAUGAGAACUGUUGGGAGCCCAUCGUCAAGUACAUCAAUGAGCAAUAUGAGAAAUAUCUUCGAGAAGAGCUGCAUGUCAACCGUAAGAGGAGAAUACCUGAUACUAGAGUCCAUUGCUGCAUUUACUUCCUGGCUGCAACAGGACACAGGUAAAUACUCUUCACUCAACACAACUCAUGCAAAAAAAAAA